CUGUGAAACCAAUAAACUGCACUGGAGAAUGUACUGCGUGCUUGAUGAGUGUCUCGAGGCUUCAGUGUCAUACAUACAAUCACUACCGAAGAAACCCCGGUGGACAAGAGCUCUCACAAAUUAAGUAUGGCAGAUCAGAUCCUCUCCGGGGCCCGAGAUGCUGUUCUGAAACAGAGUGGCACUCUCCCAGAGGACAUGCCAGAGAUCAGAGGUUAUGAUUUUAAUCAGGGAGUAGACCACAGAGCGCUGCUGAACUCCUUCCUCACCACGGGCUUCCAGGCUAGCAGUUUUGCCAUGGCUGUACAGGAGAUCAAUAAAAUGAUUGACAGACGACUGGAGCCGGUGGAGGAGCAGGAAAAUGCCUGUGACUCUCAGCAGAGUCAGUCGGGAUGUACCAUCUUCUUAGGCUAUACAUCCAACCUCAUCAGCGCCGGGGUCCGUGAGACCAUCCGCUACCUUGUCCAGCACAAAAUGGUGGAUGUGAUCGUGACAACUGCAGGAGGUAUUGAGGAAGAUCUCAUUAAAUGUUUGGCUCCCACCUAUCUGGGUGAGUUUAGCCUUCCAGGAAAAGAGCUGCGACAGAGAGGCAUCAACAGAAUUGGCAACCUGCUGGUCCCUAAUAACAACUACUGCAAGUUUGAGGACUGGCUUAUGCCCAUUCUGGACCAGAUGGUGUUGGAGCAGAAAACAGAGGGCACAUGUUGGACACCCUCAAAAAUGAUCCACAGACUAGGCAAAGAAAUCAACAACCCUGACUCUGUUUACUACUGGGCUUACAAGAAUGACAUCCCUGUGUUUAGUCCCGCCCUCACUGAUGGUUCAUUGGGUGAUAUGAUCUACUUCCAUUCCUAUAAGAACCCGGGACUGGUUUUGGACAUUGUUGAGGAUAUCCGGAGGAUGAACUGUAACGCUGUGUUUGCCAAAAGCACAGGUAUGAUCAUCCUGGGAGGAGGCCUUGUGAAGCACCACAUCGCCAAUGCCAAUCUUAUGAGAAAUGGUGCGGACUUUGCUGUGUACGUGAACACAGGGCAGGAGUUUGAUGGCUCAGACUCAGGGGCCAGACCAGAUGAGGCUGUGUCUUGGGGAAAAAUCCGCAUGGAUGCCAAACCUGUCAAAAUCUAUGCAGAUGCCACUAUAGUCUUCCCCCUGCUGGUUGCUGAAACAUUUGCACAACAAGCCAGCAAACUGACAGCAGAUAAAAAGAGUGUCUAACACUGCCUGCUCUUUUCUCCUGUGGAUUCUCAUUCUUUUUCACCUCUUUCCUUCAUCUCUACUUUUUUGCGUGUUCUGUUAUGUGUGUUUCUGUUUGUCCCAAUUCCACCUACUUGUUCACAGCUACCCGAUUAUUUCAUACCUAUUUGUCUUCUUAUUGAAGUUUUAUUUAUAUUAUUGGGUAACUGUAUCCUUGUGUUCCCUUCUUUACUUAGUAGCAUGUUUCUUCUUUGUUUUGGCUAAGAGAAAUUUAGUCUGUACGCCAAAAGACACGUUACGUAUAAUAUAAAUGCUUUUAUUAAAGACUUUGAAAGAAGCUGAAAUAAGAUAGAGUUGUAUAUUUUUUGCUGCAACAGCUUUUUACUAGUUGGCAAAAUCUUACAUUAGAUUCUUGCGCUGAAGUUGCACUCAGAAUGACCUUUUUUAGCAAAGGGUCUAGAAAGAAGUUUUUAUCUCAAAUUACCCCUUUCUUACUAGCGAGUGAUCUUCUUGACAAUUUUUAGUUAUGUUUUUGAGCUGGUCACAGCACAGAGACCACCUUCUUGAAAAAGGUCUGUUAGUAGCUGUUGACUUUGGGCUGUGUGUAAUUUUAAUGAUGUUAGAUCUUCGUGCCGCGUUCGACACUGCUGAUCUCUCAAUCCUCUUAGACUGUUCGGAGUAUGAAGUCAGCAUUCGAGGGACUGUACUAAAAUGAUUUGAUUCUUAUUUACUUGAUAGAACAUUUUCUGUGACCAUUGCAAAACUGUUCUUCUUCGUCGCCCUAAAUAGAAUAUGGUCUUUCUCAGGGUUUGUAUAUGGAGUUUGUGUUGGACUAUGUAGUGCUGUUAUGUGUACAUGGGUGUGUUGGUGUUCUGUCAUGUCACUGUUCUUUGAUUUUCUGCCUGUGAAACAUUUUGGUCAAUUCUGUUGUUUUUAAAUGUGCUGUAUAAAUAAGUUGAGUUGAAGUUUGUUAUUCUUUUAAUUAUAGAAAAAAUGAACGACGUGUAAUUUUUAACUGGUCAGACCGAUGUUAUUGCUUCAGCCAUUCACCUGUUUUAUGUGAAUUUGACAUUUCUGUUAGAGAUGCACUGAUACUAAAUUUCUCAGCCGUUACGAUAACCGAUUAUUCAGAGUGAUAUCUGCUGAUACUGAUAGUUCUGCCUUUUAUGCCUUCUUUUAAAUUAAUAAAAAUUAAUUCCACAAUUCUUAAAGAAAUGCAAAUAAAAACUUUAUUCUCUUCAUUUCAACAAGUUGUUUCACAGUAACUGGUCUCAUAAACAGAGAACACAUUACUCUAAUUAACAUUAACACAUUAACACACACUUUUGAUUGACAGGAUAUCUUGACAGGGCCCUGAUCAUCGGAUUUUUUUAAACUAUGGCCCAUAAACCGAUGGCACAUGGCGGGAAAAAUUGCCUUUAUCGGCCGAUACAUUGGUGCAUCUCUAAUUUUUGUUGAACAUGGUGAAUAUGUAUUGAUUUGUAUUUGCAUGACAUGUCAUCAUGUGGUUAAGGCCCCAGUCAUGAUAUAAACAUCCAGGUUCAUAGACAAAAAAACAAACAAAAAAAACAGUUGAAAGCAUUCAAGCCCACUGGCAAGUUUGGAGGAGAUCAUUGAGGAGACAUUACAGAUUUCAUGUUAUUACAAACAUUGGAGUAAGAAAUAAAUAUAUCCAAAUAAGGAUAAACAUUUGCAUUUUCUUUUAAACAUCUGUGAAAUAUCUGUGAUCAGGUGUGUGGUUCCAAAACAGCAAUCACAUUGGUGCUGUUUGUGCUGUCAUACUAAUUAUGGUGGUGUUCUGUGAUAUUACAUGGAAGGGGUAAAAUCAAUGCAUUACAUUGCCAGGUCUCAUGGUGUAAUAAGAAUGAUUUGGAGCAGACUAUUACUUACACACACACUCAUUCAUAUAUAUAUAUAUAUAUAAGGUUAGGUUUUUCAAGACGCUCUACUAGGUUCAUGCAAGAUAUGUUUCCUCAGAAUACCAAAAGACUAUGUGUCUGGGUUAUUAGUUGUAUUGUUUGUAGUUGCCUGAUGGAGUAGUUUCAGAAGGAUGCUGAUAUAGCAAUCACUAGUGUUCUUUUUUUCUUUCUUUUUUUGUCGUUAUUACCAACAACCAAAGAAGGUUUAUUUGUUGGUGGCUUGUCCACACCUUGAUAUCUCACUCACUACUCAUACCUUCAGUGGGUGCUUUUUUGCUAUUCAGAUUAAUUGACUUGCACACGGCAGAUAAUAUUUUCAAAAUCAGGAAAGCAGGAGCAAAACUGUCAUUUUAUCUUUAAUGUUAGCACAUACUAUAUGCUUCUCCGGUUUCUGGGAAACCAAAAUGUGCGGCUGGGCUCAGUUUGGAGUACCUUAGCCAAGGGUAUGAAUACUUGGCUAAAUGAAAGAUUUCAGGUUGUUUUUUGUUGUUGUUUGUUUGUUUUUCCCCCCCAAAUAAAUUAGCAAAAAUGUAUGAAAACGUGUUCUCGCUUUAUUAUAGGUAUAGGUAAUGGCCAAAAAAGUAAAUGUCAUCCUUUUUAAAUUAAAUCUAUUGCACAAUUAAAUGUGUAAAAACUGAAAGGGACAAUACCUUCCAAACCCACUGUAUGCAUAUCAUCUGUAUUUCAUGUAACUGACUUUAAAAAAUAACAAUAAAAUCUAUCUACAGCA